AUGCACCCGUUUUGGCGGCUGCUUCAACCGCAGGAAGUCGAGAUCUCCUUGGAUGAGGAGGAGGAGGAGGAGGAGGAGGAGUACCCCUUCUCCCAGCCGACCCUGAAAUUCAUCCUCCGCGAGCUGGAGGCCUACAAGGUACUGACGAAUAUGGACGACGCGAACGGCAAGCUGUACGUGCCCCUCCUGUAUGGCCUGGUGGUCGGUAGAGCUGAGCACACGUAUUUUGGGGUGCUUCUGACAUAUAUUGACUGCGUUGGGACGCUGAAGUCGGUCCUUACGCCCGAGACUCCAGUGGAGGAUCGCAACAGUUGGCUGGUGCAGGUGACUGAGACGUUGGAAGCUAUGAACCGGGAAUGUCUUGUUUGGGGUGAUGCGACGCCUGCAAAUGUGUUGAUCGACACCGAAGGGGAUGCAUGGAUUGUGGACUUUCGAGGCGGACACUCCCCAGGAUGGUCGAGCGAGCGCCGUUGGUGCACGAGCUCGAUGAGUCAACUACUGAAGAAGACGAAGAAGACAAUGACGGCUAUUCAAAUAUCUGUUGCGACCAUUUUCUUCUCCGCUUAUUACUACGCUUCUUCCAGCCUUGACAUUAACACAACACAAGGCCGGAUACCGGUCAGAUCCGCGCGGCCGCAGUCCGAAGCACAGUCCCCUCAGCGACAAGAACAGCCCACUUCCAGCACGCUUCUCAAAGCUGUUCUGGGAAUUUCGAACCUGACCCACAGCCGCGGAUACAUUCUCAUUGCGACCAACGUGAUAGCCCGCUUUCCCUUGAGAGACAGAUUUCACGCUCACGGCCUCCGAAUCUCGCCCGGAAUCCUCAAACGCCCGGAACGUCGUGAUAAAAUGCCAUAA